AUGGAGGGGGAGGAAGACAGUUCAUACGCUAUUCCUGGGGCUUCGCUUGGAGGCCUCCCGACACCGGCCUCUAAGGCCACUUUUCGCUUGGGGAGCGUCUUCAAUGGGCAGGAGAUUGGGUGGGACGAUGCUACCGCGGCGAGGAGGCGUGAAGAGUUGCGGGAAUGGGAGUCUCAAGGACCUGCACCAGUGACGGAGGAGCAAGGAACACGGGGAAAGGAGAAGGACCCGGAUUACAGGCCUGCGCCGGGAGAGGCGGACGGCGCGAGUGGAGGAUCGGGUGAUGAGGGUUGGGGAGGGAGAGGAGGGGGCCAGGCUGGUGGCAAUGGCGCACGCGGCAGCGGUGCAGCAGCAAAGAGGCCACGUGCGAGUGGGCCUGUGGGGUCGGGCCAGCGUCGAAUGCACAGCCGCAGGGGGCAGCCGCGGGUGGUGCUGAUGGGUCAGGCGCAGCAGGGGCAGGUACCUCCGCCGCUGCAGCUGGUGGUGCACCUGUGGCAUGCCGCCACGUGGCCCACGAUUGUACAGACACCCGAGGGUACGCCCGCCAGCGCAGUGACUGGCGGCACCGCGGCUGGUGGGAGUAGGCAGAUGAACAAGGGCGCAUUCGUCGUGCCGCGUGUUCUACUGCGGAACCUGCGGGGGAAGCAGGUUCUACUUGCAGCACGCGUCGCAGUACGUUGA